AUGGGAACCGCUGCCGCGGAUUUGGGCUAUGCCAGAAAAUGGGCCUUGGUUCUGGGCGACACUAUGCAACUCCUAGGUGAUAGCCUUGGCAUGGGCGACACCUUGGACACUGCUCUUGAAGUGGGUUCAAGUGGCGUCGGCAGUUUAAUUAGCGAGAUGCUGGAUGGUGACGCCCUAGGCGUUGGUUUCACCAGCGAUGCCUUCCUAGCUUCAGGUGGCGCCCAUGUGGCCAUUUGUAACGCCGUCGCAGCGGCUAGAAUUAUCUUUGGCAAGGCAGGCGACAACACCUUGGUUGCGUUGGCAACGUCUCUCGUGUUCAGGAAUAGACGAGGCUGUGCACGAACGUCGGGGGAUGCCACUGAGCACGGAUACGGAGGGGCACUGGGCACAGUUGGGCUCGAACAAGGUUGGGUGUGGAGGCCGAGAGGCGCUGGUGAUAGCCUUGGCAUGGGCGACACCUUGGACACUGCUCUUGAAGUGGGUUCAAGUGGCGUCGGCAGUUUAAUUAGCGAGAUGCUGGAUGGUGACGCCCUAGGCGUUGGUUUCACCAGCGAUGCCUUCCUAGCUUCAGGUGGCGCCCAUGUGGCCAUUUGUAACGCCGUCGCAGCGGCUAGAAUUAUCUUUGGCAAGGCAGGCGACAACACCUUGGUUGCGUUGGCAACGUCUCUCGUGUUCAGGUAG